ACGUAAGGCCGUUGCUCAUUUUCCAGUUUUCAUCCCGUCACUUUCGGCGGAUUGGAAACCACGGGCUUGUAAUCCCAGAGAAGCUCCCCCUUUCUGGAACUUGGCAGAUUGCGCUCCUUUCCCCUUCAAAUCCUUGACACCUCUGCACAAAGCCUAUCUUCCUUCACCCACAAAAUCUGCUUUCAACCAAGGAGUUGAAGUUGAACGAUACACAACAGAGGCGCGACCAUCUGGUGGCUUCCGAUUCCGACAUCCAUGGGGGAGACGGGAACGCCUAAUCAGAAGAAGAUCGUCGAGGGACCUGCCGGCUACCUUCUCGAAGAUGUUCCCCAUCUCACGGAUUACAUUCCCGAUCUGCCUACUUUCCCAAAUCCGCUACAAGAUAACCCGGCUUAUUCAGUGGUUAAACAAUAUUUUGUUAAUCAGGAUGAUACUGUUCCUCAGAAGACCGUGUUUGAGAAAAACAGCCCUAGAGGGACUCAUUUUCGCCGUGCUGGUCCUCGUCAGAGGGUAUAUUUUGAAUCUGAAGAUGUGCAUGCAUGCAUUGUGACUUGUGGGGGUCUUUGCCCCGGGCUUAACACUGUGAUUAGGGAAAUAGUUUGUGGUUUGUCUCACAUGUACGGUGUCAACAAAGUUCUGGGGAUAGAGGGAGGAUACAAAGGCUUUUAUGCCCGCAAUACCAUUCCACUAACUCCAAAGAGUGUCAAUGAUAUCCACAAACGUGGUGGCACUGUUCUCGGCACUUCAAGAGGUGGUCACGAUACAACAAAGAUUGUUGAUAGCAUUGAAGAUCGUGGAAUUAAUCAAGUCUAUAUAAUUGGAGGUGAUGGAACUCAGAAGGGGGCCGCUGCUAUUUUUGAGGAAGUUCGAAGACGUGGCCUUCAAGUUUCUGUUGUUGGAAUUCCUAAGACAAUUGACAAUGACAUUAUGGUUAUCGACAAGUCCUUUGGGUUUGAUACUGCUGUGGAAGAGGCUCAGCGGGCCAUAAAUGCAGCACAUGUAGAAGCUGAAAGUGCCGAGAAUGGCAUUGGCGUGGUGAAGCUUAUGGGCCGCUAUAGUGGUUUCAUCGCCAUGAAUGCUACACUUGCUAGUAGAGAUGUGGACUGUUGCCUGAUUCCAGAAUCACCCUUUUACUUAGAAGGGAAUGGUGGGCUUUUAGAGUACAUAGAGAAGCGGAUUAAGGAAAAUGGUCACAUUGUUAUUGUUGUUGCUGAGGGUGCGGGCCAAGAUCUUAUUGCUGAGAGUAUGAAAGAGGCAGAACAUGAUGCCUCUGGUAACAAGCUGCUUUCUGACGUCGGACAUUGGUUAUCUCAGAAAAUUAAGGACCACUUCACAAAAAAACGCAAUAUGGUCUUAAAUCUCAAAUAUAUAGAUCCCACAUAUAUGAUCCGUGCUAUCCCCAGCAUUGCAUCAGACAAUGUUUAUUGCACACUGCUGGCUCACGGUGCUAUCCAUGGUGCCAUGGCCGGCUAUACUGGCUUUACUGUUGGGCUUGUCAAUGGCAGACAUGCAUAUAUACCCUUCUAUAGGGUGGCAGGAUCACGAAACAAGGUUGUGAUAACUGACAGAAUGUGGGCGAGGCUUCUGUCUUCAACUAACCAGCCCAGCUUCCUGUGUUCCAAAGUCGUAGAGGAUGCCAAGACGGUUAACAAUACCCCUUCCAAGGUGGAUUGAAACAAGACAAAUUAUGUGUCCAACCGCUUUUAUUAUUCUCAUGUUUUAUUUAUGAAUCCGUCUUUCUAAAUAAGAUUGCUGUAUAGUCAAUCAGAUUUUCCUAUGCAUUACUAAUCUUAGAUGCUAUUUCAAUAUGAUGAACAUUCUUCAGUUAAA